UGGUUGAAGGCAUUGAAUCAUUACAGACGGCACAGAUUGCAGUAUGUGAACACAAGCUGUUUAGAAAACCUGAUGUAUCAACACCACAUAUUAUUUGCAUAGGUUACAAAAGUUAAGGGGUGUGGUUAAAUCAGAACAUUGUUGUGCCUGCCUUUACUCUUGAUUUAGAAGAUCUGAGGAUUUUAAAUGUUGGAUGUGUUAACAUAGUGGCGGAGGAAGCCGCUGCGUCACCCGGGGCGGCAAAUUGCUGUGCACGGGGGUGGGGGUGGGGUGUCGCCCGUAGUGCGCAUGUGUUGCAUGUGUAUAAUGUUUGAUGCUGUACUGUUUUUAAUAUUUGGUUGGAAGCUGCCCAGAGUGGCUGGGCGGGGUAUAAAUAAUAAUAAAUUAUUAUUAUUAUUAUUAUUAUUAUUAUUAUUAUUAUUAUUAUUUAUUAUAUCCCUGGAUGGGUGAGUCCAUGAACCAUCUCAUUGUCCGUGAACUGGCCCAUUGUGAAUUGAGUCCGCAUAGUGGCCCAUUGUGUUACUUUUGGUUAUGACAGAUAUUAGCAAUGAACUUUUCAGUGCAAAUUAAAUUGUUCCCAUAAAUAUGUUUCUAAGAAGGGCUCUUCCCAAUGUUCUAACAUCUCUAAUUCAGGGUUGCUUAAGCUGAUUUACACAAGCACUUUUUCCACCAUGAAUUGAUUAUUUAAAUGCAUCCUAUAGUGGAUUUCCAUAUGUAUCCCAGUCUUGUGAGGGGUCCAGCCUUCAAUACAUGUCUUACCUGAAAGAUUUAAGAACAGCUAUAUUUGGAAAGUUAAACCAAGAUAUCUUCUUUUUUUUAGUGGUAUGCCAGCUUGGAUGAAUAUUUUCUAGCUUGCCAACCAGAGUGGCAACUCAGUUUUUGUGGAAAGUAGUAUGUUAUAGAAUGAUUGUAAGCCUCUCACUCCCUCUGGGAACAGGGGGUCCUGAGAUCAGCUUGGUAGACACACACCUGAUUUAGAGUAAGUUUAGCUAUUUCUGUUGAGCCCUUGAUCACACGCAUGUCUUCCUGGCUAGAAAAUGGAUCCAAUGACCUGCAAUGACAUCUUCACUAAGAAACUAUGAAGUCUGCGUGUCUCAGAGCAGCAUAUAAUGGCCUGAUCCUGAUAAAGCUCCACUGAAGACAGGAUGAAGUUGCUCAAUGGGUAAGUCUGGUUAUAAGUUAUACUUACCACAGAGGCAGCCAUGUAUACACCAGGUUCUGACUGCAAACUGGGAGUUUCAGCCCGAGGUCCACAUAUAACCUCCUGGGCAACUGUCUGAGGGCCACAUGUCAGGGGUGACACUUCAGACUGCCAGCAACUUCCACUCCCCCCCCCCAAUUAGACAAGCAAUAAAAUAAAAUAAAUCCACACAUGCAAGGUAAUUUAUGAGUUUUCAAUUUAGAAAGCAUGUGAACAAGUUUCAUUUGGAAGCGGUCACCCAGAAGGUCCUGACGGAUGGCCUGAUUUGAAUGAUAAUGCAGAAUUCAACAGAGAGGACGAAUGCCCCAAGGGAAACCUCCCAUUUUAUUUCAGUGGUACACAGGCAAGAAGCAGAGGUGGAGCAAGGGGUGUCAUCUUGGGCUGUGUGUGUGAGAGACAUCUGGCAUGCCAUGGGGCAACAACACAGAGGCAGGCAGGCGAGAGGACGAGCUGUGCCACUUUGGUCGGCUCAGCUCCCCCCUUCCCCCGAAGGCUUGGGGUAUGCUUGGGAGUCACUGGGGUGGGGGCAGCACGCCAUUGCUCCUGGCUGGAGGAGGCAGGCAGGCAGGCAGGCGAGCAAUCAAUGAAGGGGGCGGUAAGGGGAGAGGAAGGAAGCGAGAUUGGUGUGUGUGUCUUUCAUUCUGCCUGGAACUUCUCUAUCUGAGCUGGCUCCCUGCCUGUUACGUUACGUGCAGGGAAAGCCAUGUGGGGUUCCUCUCUGUGUAAAGUCUUCAAGCUGUGCCUGCGUGCGCCUGGCAAACCUGCCCCAUUGCCUUUCCCUCAUCAAAAUCUAUCGUUUCCCUAGUCUCUGUUGUUGUGUGUCCUGGCUGAGGGGAAAAACAGAAGACUGGAGGGUUGACAGUACUGCCCAUCCCAGCUCCACAACAAAUGUACCGCAAAGCCCCACACUAUGCACACAUUCCCAUGAAAAUGUUCUUUAUUUGUAAUUAAAUAUGAGACUCCAGUAAAUAAGGGCAGUCUUAGACACACGCGUUCAAUUAAGAAGGCUGCUUCACUCAUCUACAAGCUGGGUAGUCUGGAUGGCUGAACCAAUAACUUCUAUUUUGGGGGGGGGGGUGACCAACUUGUUUUUGCCCUGGGUACCACCUGACCUUGCUACGCCUCUGGCAAUAAGCAGGACAAUCUGCCUUCAUAACUUUCUACUUCCAUCUGCCUUACUUCGCUACAUCAGCACAGUUGCUGUACUUUUGCAAGGAUUGUCUGAAAGUGAAAAGAACAUGAACAUACCACCAUCAGGCUAGACAUCCUGGAGGAGAGUCAAAGCCUCUGAGAGGGGGAAGAAGGGCAGUAGAAGCAAAGGGGUCAGGCUGGAGAAGAAAGGCUUCUAAGCGGGGCACAAAGAACAAAGAUAAUGGCGUGCAGUAUACAGAUUAUGCUGUGUCUUCAGGGUUGUCUUCUCUUGGCCACGGUAUGCACCAAAGCCGGCGGAAGAAAUGGACCCGACCAUUAUUGCGAAGAUUUGAUGGGAAUGGAUGUAAACUCUCCACAUCCCCAAAGUGAAAAUCGGACAACGACCAACCUCUUUCCAGAAAGAGGAACUGUGCAGAACGACAUUUGCUUAGCCAGCGACCAAUGCAACAUGCAGAAGGAGUGCAUUAGAAAGGAGAAGCCAAGCAUUCCACGUGGAGGAAAGGUCUCUGAGCUUAUAAUUCCGAACAUGGAAGCAGCCCUGCAGACUUUCCCCCUGCAAACGUAUGUUAAGAAAGAAACCCCUAUGCUCUUGGUGGGACCCACAAAUACAGGGAAAUCUGCAAUCACCAACAGCUUUGUGAUUCAGUGCCCAAAGACCAAGUACACUCCGAGACCAAGUUUCUCUGGCAGAACCACAGCCAGUAGGAUCCAGGACAUUAAUAUGUCCAAACUGGUCAGGGGAAGAAAGGCACUUUUUGGUCCACCCGCUGGGGAAAAGGCUGUUGCAUUCGUAGGUUGGAACGUUCCUUAUGAAUUCAAUGAAUCUGAUCUGAGACUCAGUAUGCGGCAGAUCCAGAUGUUUCUGGAUGAAUAUGUAGAAACCUCAUUUGAAGCUCUCACAUAUCUUACAGGCGAAUGUAACUAUGGUGGGAGAACAACGGACGACAAGGACAGGCGUCUCCUGCUCUCUCUCAUCUUCUUAGUGUAUUACAAAAAUUCAGAAGUCCUGGAAAACUAUCAGCGUUCCCCACAGGGGGAAUAUUUUGAACUAUCCUUCGGGACAUGCUGGGUGAUGAUACAGGAGGAAUGUAUGACUCAGGUGCCAGAAGAUGGAGCCUACAUUGGGAUGAAACCUGGUGAGAGUACCAAAUGUCUGCAGAAGGAAAUUUGCAUCUGUGCUGAGAGAGAGUUGUCAACUAAAUGCCUGUGCUUUCCAAUGAAAAAGCGCAGCUAGAGCCAUCACCCCUUUAAAGCAAAGAAGCCUUAAGGUCUGGGCUACAACCACCGCCCCAUGGGAAAAAAAGAAGUGUUGGGCUAGAAUCACCGCCCCUUCAUAACGAAAUAAACCUUAAGGCUUGA